UUCAGACACAGCAGUGAAAGCAGUGCUAACUGUAAGUGAUGGCCGCCAUUCUCUCAUUUGUUCCUCGGCUAUGACGUAGAGCUGUUUUCUGGAAACGGUCAAAGUUUGGAGGACAAGCGAUGACGUAAUACAGCAUGCUGGAGCAGGCCAGGCAUGAGCGGCGCACACCUGGAGGAAUGGCAGAGGAGGUCCUUUGACAUUUCAUCUGGCAGCUGCACACCUGAACAGAAGGCCGAUGCCUACCGGGCCCACAUCCUCUCCAUUCAGUAUGCAUGGGCAAGCUCCCAGCUUUCUCCGGCCGGAGCGGCCAGCCUGCUCAGGACCUACUCGGAGCGCUACGCUGCGGUGCUGGACUCGGAUGACCCCCAAACUGGGCUCAACAACUAUGCAGAGGGAGCGCUCCAUCUGGCCCGCAGUCAGAAGAACCACAGCGACAAAUGGGAGUCGGCGCUCACCGCAGAGAGCGUGCUGCAGAUCCCUUCAGUGCAGAGGAUGAUUCAGGCAGGUUCUGGAAGACAAAGCUCGCCGGUGGGCUCAGCGGAUGCUAACAUUCCUGUGGGAGAAGACAGCAGAGGUGAUCGUCCCCCCGCCAGGUCAGAAGCAGCGUGGUUUACAGCAGCACGCUGCAGCUCUGAGGCCAGCAACGCUACAAACGCAUCAGCAGAUAAACCAAGAACUUUAGACGUUCGUCCUGCAGUCCGACCUCAGUCCAUUUUCACUCAUCCUUCCUCAGCUCCUCCUGGUCCUUCAGGAGGAGCACAGAACCAUCAGUCCUCCUUCUUUCCCUCCUCAAACCCGUCCAAACGGAAGAAUUUCUACAACCCAGACGAAAGCGACGGCGUGAAAGGUCAGUAUGGAGGGCGAGGGGGAGCGGGACCCCGACCCGGCGGCAACUUUAAAACGGCCAGGGAGCAGUUCAUCGUAGAGCAGCAGAAGAAACAGUCCUACCAGCCGCAGAGAGCCCACCCCCCCGGCAUGGCGGCGGCCAUGAAGAAAUCUCUGGGUGCCAACAGGCCUCGAGGAGCCUCUUCCAAGUUCGUGUCGCCGAUCCCCCGGCAGGAGGAGGAGGACGGCGCCGCUGGUAGGAACCCAAACGCUGAACCCCAAAUCCUGGAUGAGCGUCUGAAGAACUUUGAGCCGAAGAUAGUGGAGCUGAUCAUGAGUGAGAUCAUGGAUCACGGCCCUCCUGUUGCCUGGGACGACAUCGCCGGCCUGGAGUUCGCUAAGACCACCAUCAAGGAGAUUGUGGUUUGGCCCAUGCUGCGCCCGGACAUCUUUACCGGUCUGCGUGGGCCCCCUAAAGGGAUCCUGCUGUUUGGGCCCCCGGGGACGGGGAAAACGCUCAUAGGAAAGUGCAUCGCCUGCCAGUCGGGCGCCACCUUCUUCAGCAUCAGCGCUUCGUCGCUCACGUCCAAGUGGGUGGGCGAGGGGGAGAAAAUGGUCCGAGCCCUGUUCGCCAUCGCCCGCUGCCACCAGCCGGCGGUGAUUUUCAUCGACGAAAUCGACUCCUUACUGUCCCAGCGGACGGACGGCGAGCACGACUCGUCCCGCAGGAUCAAGACGGAGUUCCUGGUCCAGUUGGACGGCGCCACCACGGCCGCCGACGACCGCAUCCUGGUGGUCGGGGCCACCAACCGGCCCCAGGAGAUCGACGAGGCUGCGCGGCGACGCCUGGCCAAACGCCUCUACAUCCCGCUCCCGGAGGCGUCCGCCCGGCGGCAGAUCGUGACCAACCUCAUGGCGCGGGAGAAAAACCAGCUGCGGGAUCAGGAGCUGGAGCUGGUGGUAACGGCCACGGACGGCUUCUCCGGCGCCGACAUGACCCAGCUGUGCCGGGAAGCCGCCCUUGGACCCAUACGCGGCAUACGCCUCAGCGACAUCGCCACCAUCAGCGCGGAUCAGGUGAGGCCGAUUCUCUACGGCGACUUCCAGGAAGCCUUAAAGACGGUUCGACCGAGCGUUUCUGCUAAAGACCUGGAGCUGUACGAGGACUGGAACAAGACCUUCGGAUGCGGACGCUGAAUCUGACGAGCUCCAACCAAACAUAAGGCUGCUAGCCCUGAAACACGCUAAGACACUAAAAUAUAACAUAAAAUAAAAAUAUAUAUAGAAAAAGAAUAAUCAAAAUUGCUAAAUUUUGUAUUUGUAAAGACUUUACAUGCAAAAAAACCUGAUAUUGUCUAGUUGGGCUUCCUGCUUUAUCUCCCACUUAUAACCAGCUGCUGUUUAGAAAUAUGGAAAUAAUUAGCUUGUCUUAGCAGGAAAAAUGUAGUUUUUAUUGUUUUCCUUACUUAGAGUAAUAAUCAGUAUUCUCUCUCCCAACAAUGUUCUAUUUUCUAUGAUCUAGUUGUGGUCAACUGGCAGAAAAUGUUUAUGAUUCCAAUAAAUAAGAGCUUAGUAACUUGGACUUUAUCUUUUGUAAUAAACUCAAACCGAUGAAUUGGGUUUGAUUCCAGUUUUU